AUGGCGUGGCAGGGGCUCGUGCUGGCUGCCUGCCUCCUCGUGCUCCCCUCUGCCACAGCGGACUGCCUGUCCCGGUGCUCCCUGUGUGCGGUGAAGACCCAGGAUGGGUCCAAACCCGUCAACCCCCUGAUUUGUUCCCUGGAAUGCCAGGCCGCGCUGCUGCCUGCCGAGGAGUGGGAGAGAUGCCAAGGCCUUCUGUCUAUUUUCACCCCCUUCACCUUCGGGCUCAAUGGCAGAGAAGAUUUGGAGGCCAAGUCCGCUUUGGAGGGGCUUUAUAGUGAGCUGGCCAAGCGCUCUGGGCCCUUCACGAAGGAGCUGGAGGAAAACAGAUUUCUUCUCCGCACCCCAACAGAGGAGAAUGCUCUGAGCAGAAGCCUGGCGGAGAAGCUCAGGGGUCUCUCUGGCAGGUUGGGGGAGGGAGGGGAGUCUGAGCUGAUGGGGGGCACCCAGCUGCAUGAUGAUGCCAUGGAGGCUAGGGCACUGGAUUCCAAUGAGGAGGACCCCAAGGAGCAAGUCAAACGCUAUGGGGGCUUCUUACGCAAAUACCCUAAGAGAAGCUCAGAGGUGGCUGGGGAGGGGGACCGGGAUGGGGAUAGGGUGGGCCACGAGGACCUGUACAAACGCUACGGGGGUUUCUUGAGGCGCAUCCGUCCCAAGCUCAAAUGGGACAAUCAGAAGCGCUACGGGGGUUUUCUCAGGCGCCAGUUCAAGGUGGUAACUCGGUCUCAGGAAGAUCCCAAUGCCUACUCCGGAGAGAUUCUUGAUGGGUAA